AUGAGUUCUGAAACAGGAUUGACCGGUGUUGGUACUGGUGGUAAUGUAUUUGAUGUUGAUUUUAACGAACAAUUCGACAAAGCAGAUAUGACUUGGGUAUCAGUUGCUGGUAUUCUUGUUUGGAUUAUGAUUCCUGGAGUUGGUUUAUUAUACUCUGGUAUUUCAAGAAAGAAACAUGCUUUAUCAUUAUUAUGGGCUUCAAUUAUGGCUUGUUGUUUAUGUACUUUCCAUUGGUUCUUUUGGGGUUAUUCUUUAGUUUUCAGUCAUGGUGGUAAUGAAUCUGUAUUCUUAGGUACUUUAGAUAACUUCUGUUUGAAAGGUGUUUACGGAGCUCCAGCUGUUGCUUCAACUCUUCCAGAUAUUUUAUUCUGUUUUUACCAAGGUAUGUUCGCUGCUGUUACUGGUAUUUUAAUGGUUGGUGCUGGUUGUGAAAGAGCUAGAUUAGGUCCAAUGAUGAUUUUCUUAUUCAUUUGGCUUACUGUCGUUUACUGUCCAAUUGCUUAUUGGACUUGGGGUACUAAUGGUUGGUUAGCUAACUUAGGUGCUUACGAUUAUGCUGGUGGUGGUCCAGUCCAUGAAAAUUCUGGUUUCGCUGCUUUAGCUUAUUCUUUAGUUUUAGGUAAAAGACAUGAUCCUGUUGCUACCGGUAAAGUUCCAAAAUAUAAACCUCAUUCAGUUACUUCAAUUGUUUUAGGCACUGUUUUCCUUUGGUUUGGAUGGUUCGGUUUCAAUGGUGGUUCAACUGGUAAUGCUACCGUUAGAGCUUGGUAUGCUAAUGUUAACACCAAUAUUGCUGCUGCUUCAGGUGGUUUAACUUGGAUGUUUGUUGAUUGGUUCAGAACUGGUGGUAAAUGGUCUACUACUGGUUUAUGUUUAGGUGCUAUUGCUGGUUUAGUCGGUAUUACCCCAGCUGCUGGUUUUGUUCCAGUUUACUUCUCAGUCGCUUUCGGUAUUGUUCCAGGUAUCGUUUGUAACUUUGCUGUUGACUUAAAAGAUAUCUUACACAUUGAUGAUGGUAUGGAUGUCUUUGCUUUACACGGUAUUGGUGGUUUCUUAGGUAGUUUAAUGACUGGUUUAUUCGCCGCUGAUUAUGUUGCAGCUGGUGAUGGUUCAGUUGCUGCUGACCCAGAAGCUAAAAUUGCUGGUGGUUGGGUUAACCACCAUUGGAAACAAUUAGGUUACCAAUUUGCUGAAGCUACUUCAAUUGGUGCUUAUUCAUUCGUUGUAACUGCUAUUAUCUUAUUCGCUAUGGAUAAAGUUCCAAAAUUAAGAAUCAGAUUACAUGAAGAUGAAGAAUUAAUGGGUACUGAUGCCGCUCAAAUUGGUGAAUUCGCUUACCACGAUGAAGAUGAAGAAUCUAAAGAUCACCAACCAUACUUAAUUGAACCAAUCAGAUCCACUGAUGCUAGAUUGGCUAAAUUAAAAGCUCAACAAAGUGGUACUGAAGAACUCGAAGGUACUUCACCAAAAGAAGUUAGUGAUAAUGAUAGUAAAUCAAAAGACCAAUAA